AUGAAACCCAGCAUCUGGAUUCCAAUAACAUUGCUUGUCACAGCAGUGGCCUCGAUAGAGCUUCAGCCGUUCACAACGCCCACUGCCGCGGGAUCACCCAGCCGACGAGCGUUUGAAGUCCUUCAAAUCCUGAGGCGCGCAGACAACUGUCCGUCGGGGUACUCGGACUGUUCGAAUGAGGGCAACUCGGACGUCUGCUGCAAAAGCGGUACCGUGUGCACGCGGGACGCCGCAGACAACAUCGCCUGCUGCUCGACGGGAGCCUCCUGCACGGGGACCCUAGGGUCGGCGACGACGACCACCACGGGGACUGAUACAAGCAGCAGCUUCCGGUUCACGCAGACUGACGCUGCCACGACGACCACGAGCGACUCGACAACUUCGACCAUCACGGGCUCGACCCUGUCCGGCGCAGCGUAUCCGUUCAUCGUCCUACCGACGACUUUCAGCAACGCCCAGACCUGCUCCUCCUACUACUCGCUCUGCCAGAGCGAGUACACUGCCUGUACUGCCUCUCUGGUCGGUCGGUAUGGCGUGACGGUCGCUGGCUCUGGCGGAGGCAUCACCGUGGCUGGAGCGACGGGGACGUCGGCUGCGGUCUCGAUCUGCUCGAGUCUCAGCCUCGAAGCCUGCCACGAUCUGCAUCUGUCGAAUUGUGCUGCCUACGGAACGGCCACCACGGGAGCAUAUCAAGUGGGAGGUGCUGCUGCUGCCCGCCAGACGGCGGGCGUGCAAGACCUUGUACUUGGUCUUGCUGUUGGCGUUGCGGGGAUGUUCAUCUAA